AUAGAUGCCCAACGCAGGCAAAACCCGGAACCUGGGCCGAUCGACUUGAACAUUAAUUACGUAAUCAUUUGGUACGCACUUCCGUUCUAUUUUUUCACUCGUCGACAGGUGAAAAAAGGACGAAGAGAGACUACAGAAAGCCCAGAACAGCAUAGGACGGAACGCUGGAUGCAAGCAAAGGGGUUGGUCCGGGAUACUCAACGAACGUUACGACUGCCAGUCACAGCACGAUGCCAGCAAAACACAGACCCGCCGUGCCACCUCUUCCAAGACUCAGGGUGAAGAACCAGGUCGCCAAGCAGCAGGCGAACCCAUGCUUGGUGAUAAUGUCGCAAAUGUUGAACUGCUGGGCAUCCAACGGGGAGGGGAACGUGGCGUGCAAGAACCUCGAGCAGGAAUUGAAGGGCUGCAUGGCCAAGGGGGUUAAGGUACCUCCGCCUGCAAAGCCAACGCUCAACUACCACGCCGCCAGACUUUUGCCAAAGAUCCACAAGCAGGAGAAGAAAUGAGUGGGGGGCUUUGCGCUGCCUCUGUUUUUCUUUCCAACUACACUUGCCGCUGUGUGUCUUCCAGAUGCGUAUCCAGGCCCGGCAAACUUCUCCCGAACGCACACACUCAGAAGCAAGCAAAUACUCUAUUCUGACAUAGGCAUGGAAAACCCGUACAGAGCGAAACACAUACCUUCGCUGCGGACAUCAUGAAGCGGUUGGAUAUGGGUAUCAAACAACCAUGCCUGUAAUGCACACCUCAUACUGUCUCCAUUUUUUACCUCUUCCCGCUCGCAGGUAUGGCUAUUUCCCCCGUGCUGGCGUGUACAUGCUUUUUCUCUCUAAUUCUUCUUCCUUGUAUAUAACAAACACCCCAAGUAUAUCCACUUACGAACAGAUAAAUAAAUACGCU